AUGGCUGCCGAAACAGACACACAAGCUGCUGCCACUGCAGUGGAUUCAGGCGUCACACCUGACUCUCUGACGGAAGCACUCAAGUCCAAGAUGAAUAUUCAGCACAUUUCGAUUGAGGACAUGUCCGGCGGAUGUGGCCAGGCAUUCAAUGCUAUCAUUGUUUCACCAGACUUCGAGAAGAAGAGCUUGCUUCAGAGACAUCGUAUGGUCAACGCCGCAUUGAAGGCCGAGAUUGCGGCCAUACACGCUUGGACGCCGAAAUGCCUUACACCGGAGCAGUGGGAGAAGGAGCAAUCAAGGUGA